CGCCUGCCUCAGAGGCUGGGAUCACGUGUUCCCAGAAUGCAACGCGCAACUGUCAUGGCUACCCACUGACGGCUCACACUGCACAUGGUAGCAAAUACAAACACAGUUCCCGUUUGAAUGAUAUACUAUUGACACAUUACUCCCCCUGUUUGGAUUUAUACACGUGGAGAUUUCGGUCGGAGUACGACGUAGCCGCUAUGACGCUAGUUGACGUGCAGCUCUCCAUCCUUCGAGGCUUUUUAACACCCAGCGAGGCGACGGAAUGGAAGCAAAACAUUUACACAAUUCCAGUGGCUGGCUCCUUGCUGGAGUACUUGAUGAAUGGGGACUUCAAGGCGGUUCUUAGGAGCACUUCAGAGCUGGUUCUGCUCGUUGGAGAUUGCACCUGCAGUGAGGGGGAGGACAUUGAGGCCUACCUGGAGCGACAGAUCCUGUUGUACCUGGAUGGUGGCGAAGAUGGGGAUCGAAACAACAGGGAACUGGUGGUGAUGGUCCUGGCUGUUUCUUGCCUACACAUGUUUGUUCAAAGUAACUGGACCGGUCCUUCGCUCUUCAUCGAGCUCUCUGACAUUCUGCCCUCAGCCCUGCUCUCCUCUCAGCCUCAGUCCAUGGUUGAAUCAAUCCACUCUUGCCUGCUCCUGGAUGGAGAAUCUGUUUACAGCCUGGUGGCCAACCCGUUCCUCCUCCUGCUGGCGAGGGUUAUUCUGACCAAAUGUUCUUCAAAGAUGAGCAGUCUUCAGUUGCUCCCCUGGUGGACUCUGCGCUACAUCAACCUGCACCAGCAAAUCCUGGAGGCGUGUUCUCAGCAGCUUCUCAACUUGGCACUCACAAGCAUGGAAGAAGUGCUGAAAUACAAGAGUCUGUUUUCUGAGCAGAGAAAUCUGUCCAUCCAGUUCCAUUUGGAGUGUGUGUACUGUAGCCUGGCCUACUAUGAAUACUCCACUGCCAAGGAACACAUCAAGAAAGCCCAGGAGCUCUCAAUGCUUGAUAUCAACAUGACUGGUGCUCUGGGAAAGCGUACCUAUUUCCAGGAAAAGUACUUGGCUCAACUCAUCCUCGAGGUCAAACGAAAGCAGGAUCAGCUUGGAAAUGCAGUUACUGAACCAAGUCCCUCACCAACACCAAAAACACUACUGCCCAAGGACUGCAGUCUUGGCGAUGACACCGUGUUAGACAAGCUGAAUUUAGCAGAACCAGACCAGUACGAGCUGCCGGACCUCAGUGCAGAGGACCAAGCUUUGAUCCUGGGUGUGUGCACUGAUUUUCAGAAGAACAACCCUGUCCACAAGCUGACACAAGAAGAACUCUUGGCCUUCACAUCAUGUUUACUGUCUCAGCCUAAGUUCUGGGCUGUGGAGAUGACAGCAGUAUGCCUCAGGACCAAACUGGAAAAAGGGAGUUCCCGAUGUGUUGAAAGAGCCAUGAUGCAAAUGCAGGCAGUUGCAGACCAUUUUGAAGACACAAACUGUCCUUUUACUGAGCGUCUAAAGGUCUUUUACUGCUGCCAUGCUCCAACCAAAUGGGUUAUUCAGAAACAAUUAGCUGCAUUGCUGAUAGAUCUCGGCUGCACCAGUUCAGCGCUGCUCAUUUAUGAAAAGCUGCAGCUAUGGGAAGACGUCAUCGUUUGCUGGGAGAGACUUGGCCAGCAUGGGAAGGCUGAAGAGCUAGUUCGUCAGGAGCUGGCAAAGAAGGAGACUCCCAGUCUGUACUGCCUACUUGGGGACAUCUUAAGAGAUCAUCAGUAUUAUGACAAAGCUUGGGAUCUGUCAGGCCAUCGCAGUGCCAGAGCCAUGCGCUCCAAAGCCCUGCUGCAUCUCCGUCAGAAAGAGUUUCAGCAGUGUGUCGACUGCUUCGAAAAGGCACUCAAAAUCAACGCCCUACAGCUUGGUGUGUGGUUUUCUCUUGGUUGUGCCUACCUUGCCUUGCAAAGUUACGAGGGAGCAGCUCGGGCUUUCCAAAGAUGCGUGGGACUGGAGCCAGAUAAUGCAGAAGCCUGGAACAACCUCUCUACGGCGUACAUUCGCCUAAGAAACAAAAACAAAGCCUUCCUCACCCUCCAGGAAGCCAUCAAGUGUAACUACGAACACUGGCAGAUUUGGGAGAACUUCAUUGUUGUCAGUAUUGAUAUCGGUGCCUUCUCUGAAGCCAUCAAGGCUUACCAUCGUUUAAUGGAUCUAAGGGACAGCUACAAGGACAUCCAGAUUAUUCAGAUCCUGGUGCGUGCUGUUGUUGAGAAGCUGACGGACAAUCAAGGCGAGCAGGCAGCGUCUUUGCAGCCCAAACUACGAGAACUUUUGGGACGUGUCAGCUCUCGCCACAGCAGCGACCCUGAAAUAUGGCGGCAGUAUGCAGUAUUGUACGGUGGUGGUCACAGCGCUUUACCAGAGGACAAUGACAAGGCACAACAGUUCUUGUCCAAAGCUUUUCGCUGUGAAAUACAAGCUGCUGGAUGGGAGAAAGAAACAUGCCUUUUUAAAAACGUCAUCAGAAGAGCCAUCAAUAUGGGGGAAGUGAGCAUCAGUUGCAGUGAGAAGAAGAAGAAUUCAGCAGAAGCUCUUCAGAUGCUUUCUUCAGCUCGUCUCAGCCUGAAGAGUUUGCUCACCAAAGCUGAGCAAACACACACUGACGUGGCGUCUGGUGCCAUCCAUGCUGAUCUGCAGGAUGACGUCGUUGAACUGGAGCAACUUGUCACACAAUUACAGGAACUUUGUGCACAACUACGAGCACAAUCCCAGUGAACAUUGUCUCACCCCUGCAGCCAAACAUCUUUAUGUUCAAUAACCAAUAAUCCACCUUCUUAUUAUUAGUACUAAAAAGUGGAAAUCAGCACUACUGAUCGACCACUUUUGUUUUUUAAUAUUUUUAAAGGUAUAUUGUCCAUAAUUAUGUAAACAACAUCAAUGAUGAUUUAUCGGAACGCUUCAAAACAACAUAUGAGUGUUUUACAUUUAUUUUGCAAACUUGUGCAUCCCAGAAGAAUAAAACCAUGUAGCUUGA